AUGACGAGGGCGAUGCUCCCGGUUCUCCUGGUGUCCCUCGUGCUUCCCGCCGUCUUGUUCCCGGAGGGCGAGAUUGCUGUGAGGGCAAGGCCGGACAAAGAGACGAUGGCGAGGUUCUGGGGCAACCUUACUGGGAGCAUGCCGCCUCCGGGGUCUGGGGAGGGUAGCAUCGCGAAUAUGUUCGAGCGCGUACUCGAGAGGAGUUCGGAGAGAAUGAAACGCCGGAAGGUAGCGUAGUUUGAUCCUUCCUUUUCCGACUCUGCUGCGAUCAUUCUGUACGGGUGGUUUGUCGUUUUCCUGAUGGGUUCGGCGCGUGUAUCUUGCGGAGUGUGCACGUUACGAACUGAUAAUCAUUAGUAUUCUUUUUUUCUUUUCUGGAAUAAUUUGGGACGAUUUACGCCCCCGAUCCCCGAAGUGGCGACAAUAUGAAAAGCGGGCGGGUUAUCCAAAUCAUAUGCUUAACUUAGAGCUCGUCUGUCCCGUUUCCGGAUAUUUUUUUGUGAUCGAAUCCAUAAUAACGACUUCAAUCCUUAUGAUUUGGUCGAGAGAACCACAGUUUGGGUUAGAGAUAAUGUUGUUUCCUCGUAGAAAGCAUGUGCGAGAGUGAUUAUACCUACUAAGUGCAUCAUCUAAACAUCAUAAUCGGUUUCAGUGAAUGCCUGAUGGAGGAACGGUGUUCCUAGCGCUUGCUCAAGAACUCCUUUUCGUGAAUGACAUCUGCAUGAUUCAGAUUAGUCCUUCACACAUGUACCUUAUAAAGUAGCAUGGCAGUUCGAGGGAAGCAGAGCAGCUCUAUACUAAGUAGUCUAUAAGAUGAGUUUUAUUGGAGUUUUUUUUUCACCUCGUAAUUCAUCAAAUUGGACACCUUUUCUCCGCUCAAUUGCUGAAAUCGCUCUUGUGGCAUCCAGAGAUUUCAAUGUAACAAAUAUAAACUGUUAUUAUUUUUAUGAGCAUUCCAAAGCGAAAUAUGGGAUCUUCCCAUACAAUUUUUUCAAAGGAUCAUACAAAAAGUAAAGGUUCACUAUUUAUUUUCUCUAGACUUUCGUUUGCAGUGGCGUUAUGCAGGUGUGACUUUAAAUACUGUACUACAUACUCUGGAAGCGACAAUGUAAACUAUUGCCAGAUAAGAAUUUUGAGACAGGACAAGAUUGUUACGUUAGAUUUAUUAUAAGUUUUUAACGAUAGAUGUCGCUGAAACUAGUUAAAGAAAAGGAAAACGUAUAAGCGUAGAAUGAAAAUAAUUGAUCCCUCAAAAUAAUCAGCCAUAGAUUAGUUCCCAAUAUAAGUUAGAGAUGUAACAUCGUGAACUUCUCUGCUUUCAGCUCUUUUGCAUUAUCAGUAAACAGGAAGCUUGAAUACUCUUUAUGCACUUUCUAUCAAGUAUCAUCAACAUCAAAAUUGGUUGUCAGCGUGCCAGCCUCAUAUACUUCCAUAUUAUGGCUUAUGCUUUUAUUUCUCAUAGGACAGGUGGAAUUAGUUGUUUUUCUUCUCAUCACUCAUCGAAUGGUUUUAACCGUUCCUCAGGUUCUGACGCAAGUAACUUUAACAGCAGUGUGGCUGAUCAUCAAGUAGGUGUGAUUUUCCUCUGUCUUUUUCUGACAACAUGCAAAUUAACACCACAUCCACUUUCCACAAUAAAUAUUUGCAACAGAUUCUUUUUCACCCAGAAAUGUUGCCGGGAUGAAUUAGUACUGAUGCAGCUCAUGUUGUACCUUUGUUAUCCUCUGACUGAUUUUCAUAGUUAAGGUUCUAAAGAAGAAGAACAAACAAUAUCUCCUCUCUAACUUAUAGGAGAAACAGAACUUGAAUAGCAUGCUCAUAUCACAAAUACAGUUUAUUUUUAUUUUCUGGGGUAUGGAGGGUCGGAAGUCAUAAUAGGCUAAUUGAAAAGUGAAUACAAGGAGGAGAAGGUUUGGCUUAAAAAAGGAAUUAGACUAGUUUUUCUGUUCUUUGUCUUGCUCUGUAGUAAGACUAGACAAAUAUGUAAUUGGUGGCGUGCUAGGUUGAGAUCUUGUAAAUAACCUUGUCUCCGAUUUCAGAGAUUUGUCGCAUUGUGGAAAGAACUGAAUGAUACAUUUCCUGAUCAAAGAUUUGGGCGCUAAUCACUAUUGUGUUGAUCAAUGAAAGCAUAAUAUUUCAUUUACAGAAAAUGCUUAUAUUGCUUGUUUUGAAACUGAAUUUCCUCCAUGUCAUGUGGUCCACAAGUGUAGGCGUCCAGAAUGCUAUCAAGUAGAUAGUUCUAUCCUGGUGCUUUUGUAUCACGCGUUACAAUGUCAGAUGUGACAGAAGAGUAGCUUAUUAGCCACAUCGAAGUAUGGCUGGUUGUGCUUAUGAACCUUUGACUUAUUAUAUGCGACGUUUUUAUGAAAAAUUAUCCUUAUGAAAAUGUAUGAUUAGUAGCACUGUUUAAGAUACCAAAUGGCUUAUUUUCAUGGAGAGAGGCUUAUAGCUCCUUAACUUUUUGACCCUGAUUUAUUGUAAGAUUGACUUAUUCUUCAGUUAUUAGGCAUUUCAGUUGCCUCUUUCCUUGAUUUAGUAUCAGUUCGAUUGCUUAUCUUCCUCGAUAUUUCUUCCAGGCUGUCUUGGAAACCGUGGCAAUUAUUACUCAUGACAAAAAUGAGUCAUCAGCAGCGAAGUAAGAAAAUAUACAGACCUGAGCUAAUAUGGUCAUUCUAGUGUCUGUCACGAGAUGAUACCUUUCUCAACUGUUGUAUGAUUCUGUUGCAGUGGAAGCAAACCAUUUCAGAUACAAGAUGUUUUUCCCUGGACAAUGAAGGCUCAGAGGGUGGGACAACUUUGAUAGAUAAAGAGGUUAUUGACAUUAUACUUUUUCCUACUCUAGGCAGGAAGGCUCUCUUAUUUGAAAGCAGAACAAUAAAUGUUCCUCUUCCCACCAAAGCAUCUCUUAUUGACCUGAAUUUUUUGUCUUAUUCCUGAACUUCAGGACAAUGUAUUUGUAAUGUCAAAUCGGAAAUCAAAGUAUCCAGUGCUUCAAGUGGACUUAAGGUUCUCAAGUUUUUCUCCUUUAGUUAUCCCUUUUACUCUAUGUUUGAUAUUGAGUUGCAAUAUUGCCUCAAACCCCAUAAAAAGUUUCACAACAGAGAGGAAUAAUUAUACUGCACGUCAUCAGGUUUAUUUCAGACUUAGUGGUGGUGAUAGUUUCGGCUACCAUUGGUGGCAUCAUAUUUUCCUGUUUAGGCCAACCGGUCAGUUGCUCUGCCCUUUGUUAUUGAGUUAACUGGUACAUGUCUAACUAGUAAUGUCUGCUAUUAUUGUGGUUAACUGUUUCUUUUAAUCUAUGUUUUAAGGUUAUCGUAGGUUAUCUUCUUGCGGGGUCUCUUAUUGGACCAGGGGUCUAAAGUUUAUCAGUGAAAUUGUACAAGUAAGAAAUUUUAGUAGGAUUUUGUUAGGGUUUUGUUAAGCAGUUGAAUUUUGAUAUAUUUUUAUUCCAUGUUUCAGUCUUAAACAUCAUCUAGGGUUGUCAUAAAUUAUAUGGGGACUUAGCUCCACUGAUGGAAGAAUUGGGAGAGGAGGGAGGAACUUUAGUAUACUUGGACAUGAGUUUCAUGCAUGUUUCUUCACUUUUGUUUCUCAUUAUUAUUUGCAGUUUUUGUGCCUGCCAUUAAUGCUUAAUUAGUAGCGAAUGCACUAGUUCAAGCCCGUGGGAUCUGUACUCUCAUUAUUAUCAAACACGCAUCAUGAUAUUGAUUGGCUUAUUGAACAUAAUUAUCUUAUGUCACCGAAAACCUGUUCUAUAUCAAUUAAAUUUCAGAUGAGGUUUUCGCUGAAAUAAUUAGAACUGAACAAAAUUAUUUUUCUUUUCGAUUUUGGAUUCAGUACUAGAUAUCUUUUUAUGGAACUGUGCCAUUUACAUACUGCAGGUGGAAAGUUUUUCAUAUUCUAGCAAUGAUGCCUCGUGGACAAUAUUUCUCUCAUCACGGGAUGCUGGGUGGGGAAGCAUAACCGGAACUAUUUGAGUCAGAUAGGUGACAAAGAAGACAUAAUACCUGAUGUUGGAUGGAUGACUGAAGUGUUUUGGAGCUUGUUGACUUUGUUACCAAAGUCAUGUGGGAGCGAAUAUCUUUCCAUGAGAAUGGUGGAGUAUUUUUAAUUAAGAUGAGAAGCCAUAAAGAGACCCGUUGGAGUAUGGAGGUACACGAAGAAAACAAGAAAAAAAAAAAAGGUUGUUUGCUGAUCAUUGAAAAAAUUGGGAUAACGAUUUGGAUCAAAGAAAUGAGAAAAGCCAAUAGAAAUGGUGUCAUUCCCAAAUGUGGAGCUUCUGUUGCCUUAUGACCCACUCAGUUCAUGCUCCAUUGUGAAAGCAACAGCAAACUAUGCUUUUGAUUUUAGAUUGGGAAAGAAUUGGGUUUGUUGAAAGAUGGGGGUGUUAUUUUAAGAUGAUGGCUAAAUGAGAAACACUCGAAGGAGACAGGUAUUCAUUUAUAUGAUUGGUCACAAAUGUAUUUCUUUGCUGAACAAGAAUAAGCAAUAGGUUGGAGGCACAAAAUUAAAACGAGGAGAGUGAAAGUUGUCUCUAACUGAGUUUCUUGUUGCGAGGUCAGAAGUCACGAGAGGCAUGCUAUCAUGUGGCUAAUAUUUUCAUCAGUGCUCUUUGGAGCAACCAAAGAAUAAAAGAUGAUUGGAUAACUAGGUUGGAUGGUCCAUUAGUUUUUGUGGAAAUAAAAGGCUGUUCACAUGGGUCGGAUUUUAACUCCUUUUGUCAAGUUGACAUUGAACCACAAGGAAAUUGGCAUUCAUCUUAUUGAUCUUGAACUUGCUAGGUUUCACAAAGGCUUAAUAAAUAGCGUUAUAAUUUUGCCGAUGUAAAACAGGAUAAAAUUGACGUGGAAUUGUUCUUUUUUCUCAUUCAGCGAAGCUACUUUUCUGGGUGAUUUACCUACCAUCUACAUGUUUUACACUCUGAAAAUGGUUCUUACCUGUUCUCUUAUUGGGUUUUAUUAGUGGACCAUGAUGGAUUGAUGCCUGUUAUGUGGCUUAUUAAUCAUUGCAGGUUGAGACUGUAGCCCAGUUUGGCGUAGUUUUCCUUCUCUUUUGCUCUGGGCCUUGAGUUUUCCUUACCAAAGGUAUUUACUAUUCUAACUAGCAGAGUCCUGUCAUCACGUUGAUAAUUGAUUUCUAAAUUCUGACUUGGCAUAUAUUAAGAAUUUGACUUGUGGAUGUCAACGCAGCUAAAAGCUGUUGGCGCUGUUGCUGUUGUUGGAGGUCUCCUUCAAAUUGUGAUAUUCAUGUUUCUGUGUGGUGUAGCUGCCAUGGUAUGACAAAAAAUUGCGCUUAACAUAUUUCAGAUUCUAACUCGAAGUCAGUUUUUCUUGUACUUGCGUAUGUUUGCAGGUUUUGAUUCUACUUUGUCUAACUAUGGUUUAUUAAUUGGCUACAGGUAUGUGGUGCAAAGUUGUCGGAAGGAAUUUUUGUUGGUUCGUUCUUAUCAAUGUCAUCUACAGCAGUGGUAUGGAUUCCUGAUCCAUAAGUGAAUGAUUUUCUGUUGGCAUCAUAACAUUAUGAGUUAAAGGCAUGUUUGUUUUCUUCAGGUUUCAAAAUUUUAGCUGAAAAGGGUAGUAUUAAUGGUCUCUACAGUCAAGUGACGAUUGGGACACUUAUUCUUCAGGUGUGUAGUUGCAUGACUUUUUAAAAAUUAUUCUUGUUUCUAUCCCUGCCAAAUAAACAUCUUUGAGGAAUCAUUUUAGUGGAAUACUGGUUUGGGCAAGUUGUAGACCAUAGGGAAACAUUUUAGUCUCACAGACAACACUUUUGGAUAAAAAUAUCAACCUGUUAGUAUUUUAUUGCCAGCUUUAGUUGUGGUAUGUGAGUAGUUUUGAGCACAAGAAGAAGAGGACAUCAAAGGAGUGAUUCAUAACCUUGGCUUAUGUGCUUAUCCUUUAGAUAUGACAUUCAGGACAAGGCUUUGGCUGUCAGCUUCUCUUCUUCUUCCCUUAUUUGUCUUCCUUUACUUGCUUCCUGUUACUGACAAUUUUAAGUGCUUGGAAAUAAUGCCUGAAAACAUGUCUAUGAGGCAUUGGUUUGUGUUGGCUUAAAGAUUCCGGUAUGUCUGAUUUGUAUUUUAUUUUCUUCGUCCAUGGAAAUGGUCUUGAAGCCUAAAAGGAAUUAGAAAAGAUAAUUUCUCGUAAUACUGUCGAAUUGAUUCUCAGUUUUGACACCAUCACAGAAAUUCCAUGAAUUCUUUUAAAACAUAAGAACACAGAACAUGAUGCGAAACCGAGCAAGAAUAUACUGCAUUUUGAUUGGGUUCCUAGUAGAACGAUUCUUCCAAUCGAUGUAAAUUCCUUGUAUCAAAUGUUGUUAUGCCCCUGAAUCUAGUCUGUUGGAUAUCUCAACUAUGUCUGUCCUAUGAGUAUCUUUGGCCAGAUUCUUCUUUAUCAGAGGUUCUAAAACGAAGUUUUUGUAUCUGUUUUCUUAGGCAGUCACCUAAACUUGUCAGAGAGCGUUGGACAUUUAUCAUAAAUUUCGUCUUCUGUUUCAGGAUUUUGUUGUCGGCCUUCUUUUUGCUUUACUUCCCAUUCUUGGUGGUAGUAGUGGCGUUGUUAGAGGAAUUGUGUCCAUGGCGAAAUUGUAAGUUAUGAAGCUAAGCCUUGUUAUCUGAAAUGCAUCUUCAAACAUUUUUGUGCUUCUGAUUUAUUUUAUUUUGAAGCUUCUUCUUUCACUGAGCACUUAUAUGAUCCAUUGGCAAGUGUGUCUAUAUGGUUGGCUUUACUUUCGUGGACUCAAUUGAAGCAUCAGCUGAUGAGCCGUCUAAUUUGCAUUUAAUAUGCAGGGUCCUGGUCUUGUCCUUAUUUCUAAUUGCUGCAUCAAUAUUGUCCUGGUCUUUUGUCCCUCGCUAUUUCAAGCUAAUGAUAAAAUUAUCUUCUCAAGUGAGUAUUUACCCAUCUUUCAGCAAAAAACUCGUGUGAUAAUUUCAUAUUGGUUGAAUUUCCUAUUGCUCCUCUUUUGUAUUUUAUAUUUGGUUAUGUUUUGUUUUUUCGGUGUAUCAUGUGGUUUUCACAGAUAAGCAAGUUGUUAUUCAAAUGGUCAGAUUGCUGUCUUUUAAGUCCUUUUGUGUAGAUAUUUACUACUCGUUGCUUGCUAGGAUAAACAGGAUACAUUGAAGUCCUUUAUUUCAGUUCUCAUGGAUGAAAUGCCUUCCAUCUUAAUAGGUUUUUGUCCCAUCAUGAUGCACCAAAUUGUGGGAUAUAUGAUCACUACUUCAUUAUCUAAAUACAGCUUUGCAGGCUGGUCCCAAAGAACCUUCAUCCCAUCUAGAAGUUCUUUUAACCAAAGUCCACAUGUUCCUUGUGAUGGCAAAUACAUUCUUUUUGUUUUCUACUCCCACAAGUUAUUAAGUUCCCUGCUGCAGAGGUUUAAUAUCCAAAUGUAGGUUUUCUAUCAUUCAUACCAAUGGCCCGCUAAGCAUUUAUGUAUGCUUCAACAUAUACACUGUCUCUUGAAUAUCAACUCCUGGAAUUCAUUUGAGAUUUCUGAGAAGUCUUUCGUCUACCUUUAAAUGUUCUUUGUUAGCAGAGUGUAUAAAUUGACGCAUGUUCACAGUGAAGGCUAUGUCUGGGUGAGUAUGCAACAAGUAAAUUAAUAUUUCAAGAAAACAUUUGUGGUGUGCCUUGUCCAUCUUACUAGUGUUUACACUUGAUUGUGGUUUAGAUGAAUAGGUCUUUCAACUGAUUUGUUGCCCAAGGUACCAAUUACCUCAGGUAAAUCUAAUGUGAACUUCCUUUGUCACACUAAGUCACCUCUUUGUUUCUAGCUACUUUCAUGCCAAAGAAGUGAUUCAAGAUUUUUAAUUUCGAACUUCUUAAUAAGAAAGCUAUCCAGUUUGUCUUGCUCAAUAUGAUCGUCACCUAUUGAAAUAAUGUCAUCCACAAACACGAGUAUUGAGACCUUUCCACAGUCAGCAUAUUUAUAGAGCUUGGUGUGAUUUGUCUUUUUCUGAAAAGAUCAUGUUUUCAUGUUUUAGGAGAUUUCUUGAUUAAAUCAAACACUAUAAACGGAUUAAAUCAUGUUUUCGGGGAUUUUUGAAUCCAUAAAUUGAUCUCUUUUGCCUUCAAAUUUUGUUAGACCUUAUAAUUCCUUCAGACCUGGAAAACAGAUUCAUAUAAACCUCAUCUUCUAAUUCAGUAUCAAGGUAGGCAUUCUUGUCAUCAAAGUUGUACAAAAUCUAAUCAACGUUGUGGCCAUAACAACAUAAUUUGAUCAUCAUUCCCAUCUUCCAUCGGUGUAGAGGUCUCUUGAUUAUGAAUUACAAAUGUUUGUGUAUAUCUCUUCACUAUCAACCUUUCUAGUGAUCUAUCACAUCUACAUUUACUUUCAAUAUCCAUUUGCAAUUGACUAGUCUCUAUCCUUUAAUAAGAUUUAUUACUUCUCUGGUGUCAUUCUCCUCCAUUGUCGUCAUCUCCUUCUUUCACUUAAGAACAGUUAGUGUCUCGUGUAGAGUUAGGAAAUACCAUAUUUGUCAAGUUAAGAAUAGAUUCUUCAAAGAGGAAGAUAAUCAAUGGUGUGAUACAAAAUUUUAAGUUGGAGUCAUAGAAUAUGACUUCAUUCUCUUUCUAAGAGCAUUGGAAGUGUUAAGAUCUUGGAAUUUAUGAGCUAUUAUACUCAAUGAAUAAAUUUCGCAUACUAUUGCGCUCAGGGUUGGCUGUUGCCUAGAGUUUAUCGGAUGUUGCUCUAAAUAGUUUGCUAUAGUUUAUAUUGAGGAAGAGCUAUGAUUGCUAUUUACUAGUCACUGAAUCUUCCACUGCGUCAGAUUCCUCGUGUUUUGAUACAACUGAUUGAGGUUAUGACCUUGGAUUGGUGGUAGAAUGUUUUAUGGGUCCAGCAAUUGUUGAGAAGGCAACUUGUUGUUAUAGUCGAGAAGGCAGGUUUGUGACGGAACGGUCUUAGGAGGUGAAUUUGUUAUGGGUACAGCAAUUGUUGCUUCCUAAUGCUUUCUCUUCCUGAAGAGAUGUUUGAGAGGGAUAAACUGAUUUUAGAAAGGUUACAUCCAUACCACAUUUUUGCUCUAGGAUCACAUUUGGUGCUGAGGAAAGUGCAUGCUUUGCUCGAUCACGUUUGGUGCGGUAAAGACAGAAUAUCAAGAAUGCAGCACAAAAAUGCCCUGAGAGGUGAAUCAUUGAAGGUUCAACUUUUAACUACUUGGGAGAAUGGAAGGGGCCCGUUUAUUUGCAUGACCCUGCUUUCCUACUUACACCCCAAGUCAAUCCCUAGUGUUCCUGUUGUGUGUGGAUAGGUUUGUAAAGGAAUGCUUAGGUUUUUGGAAGUCGAUGCACUGGAGUUGGCAUCUAUUGAUUAAAUUUGAAGCAGUAAGGAUAUGUUCUCCUAGAAACAUAAUUAUGACCUUUGGUUGUAAAUGUUAUGGCUCAGGCAACUUCCAUUAUUUGUUGAUUUUUUCUUUCACAAAAUCCAUUUUGUUGUUUAUGGAUACAAGAGAUUUGAUGGAAAACGCUCUUUCCAUUAGGAAUUUACAGAUGGCGGAUUUAUACUAUUUUCUGUUAGCUAUUUUCAAGACCUGUAUGUCAGUGUGAAAUUGGGUUUUAACCAUGGUAUAGAAAUUUUAGAAAAGCUCUGUAGCCUUGGGUUUUCUUUUAACUAUACCCAAAAGUCUCUAGUUUGAUAAUCAAUGAAGCCAAUUAACCACUUAGUCCCCAGAUGCCGUUGUGGAUUAUAUAAAACGGUCGGGAUUGUUAAUUUGCCAUGAAGAAACGUGACACGGUGGUCUCUUGUAAGUCGACAGAGUUCACAUUGAAAUUGAGAGAGAAAGGAAGUUGCCCAUAUUCGAAUUGCGUUUCUGAUGCCUAGAAAGCCACAAGGAUUGUUAUGCUGGAAAUGAAUCAUCGUGAUUUGAAUUUUUGUGUAAUGCAUAAAUCGUCAUAUUUGAUAACUAGCAUUUUUAUAUUCCGUCAAAUAAGCUUAUAUAUCCUUUGGUCCCGUAUCCCUCAAGAAGCAGAAAAUAUUUUCUGGACACUUUCUGGCUACUGUUAUGGGCUAGUUGAAAGUCAUAAAUACCCUAUAUUAUAGUGCCCAGCGUUGUCCUUCCCUGUAGCAGUCGGUUGUGAUCUCUUCUCUGUAACAAGGUGGUCAAUUAAAGAGUGGAUGAUGUAUUUUGACAGAAAUGGAGGCAGAUGCCCUGCUACCUGUUCACUUUUCUUCUAUUGGCAUGUUGGCGUCUGCAGGAGUAUGUUGCGUUUCAGUUUCUUUAAGAACAGGAUGAGAUGACGUUUACAGAAGUGGGGAUAGAUCCAUUUUUGUGGUUUUGGUCUAGCAGCUUCUGGAACUUGUUAUCAUUUUCUCCGGAAUAUCAAUUUAAUUAGGUUCAUCUUUACACUUCUGGUAAGAAUGCUUUUAGAAUGACGAAUUAUUUUCCCUCUUUUCCCUCUUUUUUGAGCUUUCGAUUGAAGAAAUUAUCUCGCCAUCCUGGGGUUUCUGAUACCGUCUGGGUUUCUCCUCCAUACCCACAAUUGGUUGUUUGCAAUCUUCCUUCGUAAUGUGUUGCAUUUUUGCCUGACUUUUCAGACCAAUGAAUUGUAUCAACUUGCGUCGGUGGCUUUCUGUUUGCUAUUGGCUUGGGUAAGCAUCAUUAGCUCAAAAUUCCUUUUCCCAUUGAAGAUGCAGUUUUUAUCCAUGUCUUUCUGUUGGUCACUCAUCGUACUCACCAUUAGCUUCAGCAUGUUUUGUAAUGGCCCUAAAUUUUCAAUAUCCUAUUUACAGUUAAUCUCUUGAAGUCAAACUCCCACCGGUCUGUAAGUUUCUAGGGUUUCUGAUGCACAGGCAUCUGGUAUCCGAUUUUACUGGGCAUGAAAACUUUAUUCUCGUUAGAUUCUUGAAAUAAAUUUAAAAGUGACUUAAGGUCGAUUCAAAUGCCCUUUAUAAAGUUCCCGAGUGGUGCUUGACAACUUAUGUAAAGUUGAGUACACUUCACCGCUCAUCUUCACCACAUACCCUCCCGUACUUCAGUGCAGUGAUAAGCUCGGGCUAAGUCUUGAGCUGGGCGCCUUUGUCGCUGGGUUCAUGAUAUCAACCACUGACUUUGCUCAACAUACUCUGGACCAGGUACAUCCUUCUCACGGGCCUAAGUGCUCUUGCUGAAUUCUUAUAUGACAUAUGGAGGAAAUAUUGACCGUGUUGCUUGUUCACUUUUUUUAAAACCUUUUUAACAUUUUGUGAAUGAAUCUGUGCAUGGAGCUUAAUAAUUUUGCUGGGAAAAGCAACCUUGGUUUAAGCCGUUCGUCUCCCCUUCAAAGCCUGAUCACUGUCCUUGCAGAUCGAAGCGAUUCGCAACCUCUUCGCAGCGCUCUUCCUAGCUAGCAUUGGGAUGCUGAUUCACGUACAGUUCUUAUGGGCCCACGUGGACAUACUGCUUGCGUCGGUCAUUUUGGUUAUUCUGGUGAAGACCAUCGUGACCACUGUGGUAGUAAAGGCAUUUGGAUAUGGUAUAAGAACGUCAUUCCUUGUGAGUAUAUCAAGCUGAGCAUCGUAUCACAAUCUUUGCUAUGCAUGUUCAGACCUGUAGACAUUUAUCUAUUAUGCUCGUGCUAAUGGUGCAGGUUGCAUUGUCGCUGGCCCAGAUCGGAGAGCUUGCAUUUGUUCUCUUGAGCCGUGCAUCAAAUCUCCAUAUUGUCGAGGUGAUGAUCCAAUCGCCUCUAAAUCUGUAUCUUCUUCUUGCUGUUUGCCAUAGGAUCAUAGAACCUUGUAUUUAUCUCGAUCUGCAAAGAUUCUCAUUUUGCUAUCAGAUUAUUCAUAGUAAUAGAUAGGGCCCAGCCAGAGUAAUAAAAUUCUGUACAACACGUCAGAUGCCAUUUUUUGAGAAAUGAUACCCUCGUCCAUGGAAGCUUUCAUUGAAUUAUUUCUUCAUUAUAUAACCUACUAAUCGAGUACUUGUAUCCUAUUUAGGGCAAAAUCUACCUUCUCCUCUGGGAACGACAGCCUUGAGUCUGGUAAGCCUCCUCCUCCUCCUCCUCCUCCCUCCUGCUGCCCACAGCUUCCUCCUCACAUCCUUUUUGUGUUUCGCUUCUAAGGUAACGACGCCUCUGAUGUUCAAACUGAUACCCGGUGUUCUUCACCUGGGCGCUCUCAUGCACUGGUUUCCUUCGCAGGGCAGCACGCAGGCCGAGGUUUCUACCUUUUCUCCUUUUCUUAUUUAUUUAUUUACUCACCUUUUCGUACUUCUAGGAGACGCCGCAAUUUACGCCGUUUUGACGCUUUGCAGGAGAAGAGCUAUGACGCUUGAGACUAGCGAGAGAGAGAGAUGAUUGGACAUCACACUUCAUCAUAGGGUGCCAUAGGUGUUGGGUAACUUCUAUCGGAUCUAGGGCAUAAGUCAGUUUAAGGUUUCCGCGAUGAAACUGGGUCCAGAAAUUCACAUCAAGUGGAGGAGAGAGAGAGAUAG